UCGCCUAUUUCUUUCUCCGGGGAAACUUUCGGCUGCCCUUCCUGCGACCACAAAGAGCGGUCCUAGUGCCCUCUACAUGGUCCUAGUGCCUCCAUGUACCAUGUACCCUAACCGCCAUUAAACAAAAAAAAAAAGAAGAACGACGAAGCCAACUUGGAAGUGGUCCAUUGAAAGGUUGCUAGCGCGACCUCCUGUACUGUAGAAUGUAGUAUGGACCAUAGGACAGGACGAAGAAGUCCCGUUAAGAAGCUGUGGAGGCCUAGGAUGCUCUACUAGUCUGCUGGAAAUCCAAAGAAGACGAAGGAGUAAAAAGCAAAAUGGCGUUUCACAGAGAAGGCCUAAACGUGGCCACUGGCCAUUAUUGUUUCUCUAUUUGUAUUUAGUGCAUACAUGUACGCAUAUAUGUCGUGUAGUAGAUGAAACAUUGUUUGUCAUUGUUUGUAUCCGGAUACAUUAGUCUGAGCGCACUUUAUGUGCUAGCUUAGCUUGCUAGUUAGCUUAGCUUGUUAGCUGCUAACAAAGAGACGCGGACGUUAUCAAUACAUCGCUAAGUAGAGAUCAAAUGUGAGUGUAAAGUGUUGUGAUUGUGUGAAAAUGUGCGAAAGAACGAUAGCAAAGUAUGAGGAGGAACUUUGUCCAACAAAAGAGGAGAAGGAGCGACAACAUCAACUUAUGGACGCUCAAGUUGUGUUACACAGAACAGAUGUCCAGCAGCCCCCUCACAUUAAAGAAGAAGAGGAGGAUCCACAGCCACCCCACAUUAAAGAGGAAGAGGAGGAUCCACAGUAUCCCCACAUUAAAGAGGAAGAGGAGGAAGUGUGGAUCACUCAAGAGGGAGAGUGUCUUCUCGGGCAGGAGGAGGAUGAUGUCACCAAGUUUCCACUGACUGUUGUCUCUGUGAAGACUGAAGAGCAUGAAGACAAACCACCUGAGUCCUCACAGCUUCAUCACAGUCCAAACGUCCAGCAGCCCCCCCACAUUAAAGAGGAAGAGGAGGAUCCACAGCCCACCCACAUUAAAGAGGAAGAGGAGGAAGUGUGGAUCACUCAGGAGGGAGAGUGUCUUCUAGGGCAGGAGGAGGAUGAUGUCACCAAGUUUCCACUGACUGUUGUCUCUGUGAAGACUGAAGAGCAUGAAGACAAACCACCUGAGUCCUCACAGCUUCAUCACAGUCCAAACGUCUGUGAAGAACAGCUUCUGCCUGAAAAACAGGAGUUUAGCUUCAGGAUGGUGAAGGAGGAUCCAUCAAAGAGGAAGACCAGGCGCCACGGAUCCUCUGGCGUCUCCUUUUCCUCUUUGACACAGACCCUUCCCUGUAAAAAGGAAGAGGAAAACUCACUGACACCCCACAUUAAAGAGGAAGAAGAGGAAUACAGCAUCAGUCAGGAGGGAGAGCAUAAUGAAGGACUGGUGGAGUUCCCAGUGAUUGGUGUCCCUGUGAAGAGUGAAGAUGAUGAGGUCAAAGGUGAAAGUGAAGAGAAGAGAGAGGCGGAGCCUCCAAGCAGCAGCUCAACACAACACAUGACAACAGAAGCUGAUGGAGACCACUGUGGAGGAUCACAAGCAGACAAGCUCUUAGCUCCACUAUCAGAUAGUGAGGACACAACGUCACACUCUCCUGACACUGAUGAUGAACACUCUAAAGAUGAUAAGACAUGUCACACUGACAACACUCACUUGAAAUGUUCUCACUGUGACAACACCUUUAAAUUUUAUUGGCAUCUGAAAAGACACAUGAAAACACUCACCGGAGAAAAACCUUUUAUCUGUUCAAUAUGUGGUAAAGGUUUUGUGGAAAGUCAGGGUUUGAAAAAUCACACAGUAUUACACACUGGAGAAAAAUCUUGUAUAUGUUUAAUCUGUAGUAAAGGUUUUGUAGAAAGUCGCUAUUUGAAAGUACACAUGAGAACACACACUGGUGAAAAACCUUUUAUCUGUUCAAUCUGUGGUAAAGGUUUUGUACAAAGUAACCAUUUGAAAAGACACACGAGAACACACACUGGUGAAAAACCUUUUUCCUGUUCAAUCUGUAGUAAAGGUUUUGUACAAAGUAACCAUUUGAAAAGACACACGAGAACACACACUGGUGAAAAACCUUUUUCCUGUUCAAUCUGUAGUAAAGGUUUUGUAGAAAGUCGCAAUUUGAAACUGCACAUGGGAACACACACUGGUGAAAAACCUUUUUCCUGUUCAAUCUGUAGUAAAGGUUUUGUAGAAAGUCGCAAUUUGAAAGUACACAUGGGAACACACACUGCUGAAAAACCUUUUUCCUGUUCAAUCUGUGGUAGAGGCUUUGCACAAAGUAACAAUUUGAAAAUACACAUGAGAACACACACUGGUGAAAAACCAUUUUCUUGCUCAAUCUGUGGCUUAUCGUUUACAAGGAAGGAACAUUUAAAAAAGCACAUGAGAACACACACUGGUGAAAAGCCUUUUUCAAGUUCUAUCUGUGGUAAAGGUUUUGUACAAAGUAACCAUUUGAAAAGACACAUGAGAGCGCACACCGGUGAAAAACCUUUUUCUUGUUCAAUCUGUAGUAAAGGUUUUGUAGAAAGUCGCAAUUUGAAAGUGCACAUGGGAACACACACUGGUGAAAAACCUUUUUCCUGUUCAAUCUGUAGUAAAGGUUUUGUAGAAAGUCGCAAUUUGAAAGUGCACAUGGGAACACACACUGGUGAAAAACCUUUUCCCUGUUCAAUCUGUAGUAAAGGCUUUGUACAAAGUAGCCAUUUGAAAAUACACAUGAGAACACACACUGGUGAAAAACCUUUUUCUUGUUCAAUCUGUGGCUUAUCGUUUACAAGGAAGGAACUUUUAAAAAAGCACAUGAGCGCACACACUGGUGAAAAACCUUUUUUCUGCUCAAUCUGUAGUAAAGGUUUUGUAGAAAGUCGCAAUUUGAAAGUACACAUGAGAACACACACUGGUGAAAAACCUUUUUCCUGUUCAAUCUGUAGUAAAGGUUUUGUAGAAAGUCGCAAUUUGAAAGUGCACAUGGGAACACACACUGGUGAAAAACCUUUUUCCUGUUCAAUCUGUAGUAAAGGUUUUGUAGAAAGUCGCAAUUUGAAAGUGCACAUGGGAACACACGCUGGUGAAAAACCUUUUUCCUGUUCAAUCUGUGGUAAAGGUUUUGUACAAAGUAACCAUUUGAAAAUACACAUGAGAACACACACUGGUGAAAACCCUUUUUCUUGUUCAAUCUGUGGCUUAUCGUUUACAAGGAAGGAACAUUUAAAAAAGCACAUGAGCGCACACACUGGUGAAAAACCUUUUUCCUGUUCAAUCUGUAGUAAAGGUUUUGUAGAAAGUCGCAAUUUGAAUGUACACAUGAGAACACACACACUGGUGAAAAACCUUUUUCCUGUUCAAUCUGUAGUAAAGGUUUUUUACAAAGUCGCAAUUUGAAAGUACACAUGAGAACACACACUGGUGAAAAACCUUUUAUCUGUUCAAUCUGUGAUAAAGGUCUUACAGAAAGUCAGAAUUUGAAAAGACACAUGCGAACACACACUGGUGAAAAAACUUUUUCUUGUUCAAUCUGUGGCUUAUCUUUUACAAGAAAGGAACAUUUGAAAGUGCACAUGAGAACACACACUAGUGAAACACCUUUUUCCUGUUGAAUCUGUGGUAAAGGUUUUACACAAACUCAGUGUUUGAAAAGACACAAGAGAAGACAUUGUUGAAAAAUCACAUUCUUGUUCAAUCUGCAACAGAAGCUUUUGUGAACGAUCAAACCUUGUAGCACACACAAGAACACACACGGGAGAGAAAAUGUUGAGUUGCAUUGUGUGUGGUGAAAGAUUCUCUUAAAAGUACCAGUGUAAGAAACACAAGUGUGCUGGUGAGAACAGCAGCAGCAAAUGAAACUGCAGGAUUUGAAAUGAACUGUCAAGACUUUAAUUUGGACUUUCUAACAACAUCAGCACAUAUAACAUGUGUGACAUUGUUGUUUGUGUAACAAUCUUUUAAUAUGCUUCUACAUUUAAAGAUUAUAUAUUUUAUAUUAGUGCUUUUUUCAGUCAAGUACAUGCAUUCAUUUGCAACAUUGUGUACUUUUAUUAAAAAAUGAAAAGAACAAUUUGACUGAAAAGGUGAGAGUAAACAGUACAAGACAUAUUUUACAUACAAUAAACAUUUUAUGUGUAUAUAUAUUCAUCAUACAAUUUUAGACUUAUUCAUAAUAGUGUUUUCUAUAGGUGUUUGAAAAUAUUACCUACUCAGUGGCCUAGUGGUUAGAGUGUCCGCCCUGAGAUCGGUAGGUUGUGAGUUCAAACCCUGGCUGAGUCAUACCAAAGAAUAUAAAAAUGGGACCCAUAACCUCCCUGCUUGGCACUCGGCAUCAAGGGUUGGAAUUGGGGGUUAAAUCACCAAAAAUGAUUACCGGGCGUGGCCACCGCUGCUGCCCACUGCUCCCCUUACCUCCCAGGGGGUGAUCAAGGGUGAUGGGUCAAAUGCAGAGAAUAAUUUCACCACACCUAGUGUGUGUGUGACAAUCAUUGGUACUUUAACUCUAACUUUAUUGAAGUAUUACAUAUUAUUUAUAAUUGUCAAUGAUCCCAUAGAUUAGCACCUUUAUAUGAUAUACAUAUGUACUGGUUCACAUCUGAAACAUCUUCUGGACCACUUCAGGAAACAUUAUUAUUUACUUUAUACAUCAUUUGAACAGUUGUCUUUUAUACAAUUUUAAAAUGUGUAACUAUGAAUCAUUUGUUGGGUCUCUAUAAUCCAUUUUAUUAAUCAUCUUUAUUACUCUCUUUUGUAAUAUCAUGAUUGUGUUGUGAUUGUUUUAUAUGUUUGUACUCAGACAUUUAUGCAAU